CCGGCUUCCGUCGGAGGCCGCGGUCGCCGAGCGUCGCCGUCAUGGCAGCCGAGGAGAAGGACCCCCUGAGCUACUUCGCAGCGUACGGGAGCAGCAGCUCCGGCUCCUCGGACGAGGAGGACAGCAGCGAGCCGGAGGAGACGAGGCGCAGGGCUCCAGACCCGGCGAAGUCGGCGGGCGGCUGCGGCCACAAGAAGCUGCCGGGCCCCGACGAGCUGUUCCGGAGCGUGACUCGCCCGGCCUUUCUCUACAAUCCGCUCAACAAACAGAUCGACUGGGAGAGGCACGUCGUCAAGGCGCCCGAGGAGCCGCCAAAGGAAUUCAAAAUCUGGAAGUCCAACUGCGUCCCGCCCCCGGAGACCUACACCGCGGAGAAGAAGCCGCCCCCGCCGGAGCUGGACAUGGCCAUCAAGUGGUCCAACAUCUAUGAGGACAACGGCGACGACGCCCCGCCGAGCGUCAGGAAGGCCCGGCUCCUGCCGGAAGGGGAGGAGACGGUGGAAUCGGAUGAUGAAAAAGAUGAGCAUACUUCUAAAAAGCGCAAAGUAGAACCGGGAGAAUCAACAAAGAAGAAAAAGUAGAAAACAACAAAUGACAAAUUUUGAACUGCGAAACGUAUUGAUGAAAUGGUUUUUUGGUCAGAUAAGUUGAUAUUGUAAAAUAUGAAAUGUCAUCUCCAUGCAAGUACCCGUUAAUAAGUAUUGCUGCGGCAGGAACUUUCCACUGUAAAAUUCACUUUUUAUUUAAAACUUCUAUGUAUUUAAAACUCAAAUGGUGACUUGUGAUUGUGAAGUUGACAACACUUGGAAGCAUUCUUGCUAUCACAGGACUGUUGACAUGCUUUGAGAUUUCUGUCAGAUGUUGACAUGCCAAUGUCCUAUGAACCUUUUAUAAAGGAAUAUAUUUUUAAAGUAAAUAUAAUGUAAUGUACUGUGAACUUGUAGGGUGCUUUUCAACAGUGUUUGUACAGUGUAAAUAGAUCAUGGAAAUAAAAUUACUUAUUCAAUAGUACUAUUACUGCAUUACAUCAACAUUUGAAUAUUUGUGACAUACUCUUCUUUGCCAUGUGAUGUUGAUAGUAGGUAUUACCAUGUAGGGAUUUCCUCCUGUGUUUCAGGUGCUUUGUACAUACAUUAUUUGUGAUCCUCAAACAGCCUAGUAAAACAGGUAUUAGUAACCUUAUUUUAUAAUAAAGAGUAACAUCCAAGGUUACACAGCUAGUGAACAGUGAAUUUGGGAUUUAACGCACGACACUUGAGCUCUAAAAUCACACUAAACCAUCUAUCUGCCAAUCAAAAUUUAGGAACUGUGAUUGGCAUCUUUUCUAGGUACCCUUAUGUGGUAGGUAGUGGAGAUCCUCUCCUCACCUGAUUGUAUUACUGCACGUAUCAUAUAUGUCUUAUACUGUAAAAAUUAAUUGAUUCCCCUGUUAUAGUUGGCUGAAUACAAAGAGUUGCCAGAUGUCAAAAAUAAAAAUACAGGACACACAGUUAAGUUUGAAUUUUACAUAAACAAUAAAUAAUGUUUUAGUAUGUGUAAUAUUUAAAACCUAUUUAUACUAAAAAUUUGUUUACCUAAAAAUCAAAUUUAACCGGGUGUCUUAUAAUUUAUCAGCCAACCCUACUUCUACGUGGUUUCUCUACCCAGCUCCUAUUUUAAUGCUUACCUAUAGUAAUAAUCAAGAAAACAAGAUUGUAGUCAGGAAGGUAAUCUUUGAUUUGACAUGGUCCAAAAUGUAGUGCUGUUAUUUGUAACAUUUUGAAUAAUAAAAGGAAAAAAUACACUGCAU